AUGGAAGUCGUCCAGAGUGCCUUUGACCGGCUGCCGCGCGAGGUGAUCGAGGCUGCACUGGACUGCUUAGGCGUCACCGGAUGUCUCCGGGGCUUCAUCUCUGCCUUCCUGGUGGGCCGGAGUUAUCGUGUACGGGUAGGCAAGGUGCUCAGCGAUCCCAGAGACAUCACCUCCGGACUCGCCGCAGCACUACCGGCUGACAGCCGCUACCCAGUCUGCUGCGCUAUCUACGCAGAUGAUGUGGCGCUGUGGAUACGAGGACCCAGGAGAAGCAUCGCUGCCAUCCGGGGCUCUCUACAGAGGGCAUUAGAAGCGGUCAUCUCCUUCCUCGGUGGCAUUGGCCUCUCCGUGUCCCCGGCGAAGACAGAGGCACUACUUGUACACCCGCUAGCCUCCGCACGCCUCUACGUGAAACAGCUGCGCAUUGCAAACACCACCGUCCCAUGGAAGCGGCAGGUCACGUAUUUAGGCCUAACCAUUGAUCAUCGGCUCUCCUGGAUUCCUGCUGUCAAGGCUGUCACCUCCAAAGUCCGAAGAGUCCAGGGGGCAGUGAGCAAGAUGCAGCAGCGUGGUCGGGGCUGCACCGUAAAGUGGGCGCUGCGGAUGAACCAAGCGGCGGCCACAUCCAUCCUGCUAUAUGCCCUGCCGCUGGUUCUACUAUCUCCAGCCAGGAAGCAACAACUCGAGAGACUGCACAGGAGUGCAGUUAGGAGCAUCCUAGGUCUCCCCAAGCACUCUCGAAUUGCUGCCACACUGGCUUAG